AUGCUGGAUUUUGAUAGAUCUGCUUUUAUAAUUGCUUCAACAGCAACUGAGGAGGAGAUGCUAAACUGGUACCGCGAGCAUGUUGUGUGGACUGAUAGGGCUCUAAAUUUGAAAUUGUUGAGAAAAGGAAUCUUAACGCGCAUCUAUGCUCCCAUGACAAUCAUCCAAGGGUUAAGAGAGUCUGGCAUCUUCGGGUCCAUCAUUGCUUCUGCUCAAGGAUCGCUAUCAAAGGAAAAUUUCUUAUCAUCCAUUGAGAGCAGUAAUUCCUCCAGGGCUUCCGCAUCCAGAUUGCUCGGUUCAAGAAAGAUAGGCAGGGAUAGAGUCUCUCAGUCAGCAGCUAGAAAAGCCCUACACAGAGACAUCUCUUCCGAUGAAUCUGCCAUCCCACCAUUAUCUCCCCCAUUAAUGGAUGAAGACGCCCAGAUUGAAGCGUGAUUUCUCCUGCACGAUUGCUGCUCUUUUUCUUUCUGUAAGAUGGUGUAGAUUGCCCUCGUUGGUGUGAGGCGUACAAGUAGGGAAAGAUUUGAGCAAGCAUUUCAAUAGCAGAGGUUGUGUUUGGAUCUGUGGCUAUUCCCGAUCAUUACCCAAGCGGAGGUUGUAUAUUAUAUCAUAGACACGGGGGAGAGACAAGGCGAGGUGGGAAAAGGACUCUCAUUAACUUCAUUCUUCAGAUGUCGACUGAUGUAUAGAAAUGAAGUGAAUCCAUCACCAGAUUUCCUUCUCCAUUUUUGUUGCAUAGUGUAGUGCAAUUGCAGAUUUGCAUUUUACAUGAAUCAUUAUUUUAGGAGGUCCUUUGAUCUGCCUUAUUCUAUACCAGCUUCUUUCUUGUGAUGUUACUUGCUGCUAUUGCUCAUAUGUACAAGCACAAAUUUCACAGCUACAAUAUAUUCUCUCCAUCCCAUAAAAAUAUGUGUACUUUUAUUUUCA